UGAAUACAUGAAAAGAUUGUCAGUUAUUUAAGCUUCAAAAAAAUUUAAAAUUUGUACUGUGUUCAAUUUGUAGUAAGAUGUGCUUUUGCUCGACGUUUGGGCUUAAAAUAGCGCUUUUGAUAAUUAUACCUAUUACCGCUGGAUUUAAUGCCGGACAAGUUGCAAAAGACAUCACAUUGCUGGAUGAACUGACGGGGCAUCAUCAUAUUGUUCUAAUUAUAAGUAUAACCUUAUGCGUAAUUAUACUAUUUUCCCUUUUAGGCGCAAUUUAUGCGGCAAUUCGACACCAUGCAUUGAUUCUAAACGUGUCACUAGUGGUCUUAAUACUGAAGUGCAUAGCAAAAAGCAUAAUUUUUAUCGUGUGUGUAGCCACCGAAAAAAACCUUGAAAAGACAGCCGCCCACUUCUGGUUUAUUCUUUGUUGGAUAUUUACCAUUCUCUGCAUGCUCUCAAAUCUUUGUUUCUCGAUUCGGUUAAAAGAGCUCUUAAGACAAUCCGAUUAAGCUGCGAUUUGGUUGAAAUACUUUUUUUUUAUUAUGCAGUUCCAUUUAUCAACAAGUCAUAAAAAUUGGGAUUUAAUGCUGCUCAAGUAGCAAAAGACAUUUCUAUCUGGAAUGAGGUGAAGGGCUCCAACCAGGUUAUUUUAAUUAUAAGCCUAGCGCUGUCUAUAGUCAUAACGGUUGCUCUUAUUCCCCUAAUGUAUGCGAC